AUUAAGAAUUCUCUUUAAAAAAAGGCAAUUAGUCACGCAAGGGCAAUUCUAUUUCUACUCCAAAACAUGAAAAAAAAAAAAGAAAAACCCAUUGCCAUGGAGUCAAUUCUGACUCACUCCUUGGAAUACUUCUUUAAUCUUGGCCCCUCCUACAUAACCUUUAAGUAACAAUUGACCAGGGAAAUUGGAGUGUUGCGUUCCUGUUGCUCCUCUCUCUGGGAAAGCAGACUAAAGAAAACAGGUUCCACUUAGUCAGGACAGUGACAGAAGAUGGAUCUCAAACAUCAACGUGUGAAACUAAGUGAUGGUCACUUCAUUCCUGUCCUGGGAUUUGGCACCUAUGCAUCAGCAGAGGCGCCUAUGGUGAAAGCUGAGGAGGCAACUAAAUUAGCUAUUGAUGCUGGGUUUCGUCGUAUUGAUUCAGCUUAUAUAUAUGAUAAUGAAGAGGAAGUUGGGCGAGCCAUCCGAAGCAAGAUUUCUGAUGGUAUUGUAAAGAGAGAAGACAUAUUCUACACUUCAAAGCUUUGGGUCACUUUCCUUCGACCAGAGUUGGUUCGGCCAGCCUUGGAAAAGUCACUGAAAAAGCUUCAGCUGGACUAUGUUGAUCUCUACAUUAUUCACUUCCCAGCAGCUCUGAAGGCCCUGGAGAAGUGCAAGGAUGCAGGGUUGGUCAAGUCCAUUGGAGUGUCCAACUUUAACCGCAGGCAGCUGGAGAUGAUCCUGAAUAAGCCAGGGCUCAAGUAUAAGCCUGUCUGCAACCAGGUGGAAUGUCAUCCUUAUCUCAACCAGAGCAAACUGCUGGAUUUCUGCAAGUCGAAAGACAUUGUUCUGGUUGCCUACAGUGCUCUGGGAUCUACUCGAGAUAAAAGAUGGGUGGAUCAGAGCUCCCCUGUUCUCUUGGAUGAUCCAGUUCUUGGUGCCCUGGCUAAAAAGCACAAGCGAACCCCAGCCCUGAUUGCCCUUCGCUACCAGCUUCAGCGUGGGGUCGUGGUCCUGGCCAAGAGUUGCAAUGAGAAGAGGAUCAAAGAGAACAUGCAGGUUUUUGAAUUCCAGUUGGCUUCGGAAGACAUGAAAGUCCUAGAUGGCCUAAACCGCAAUGUUCGCUAUUUUACCCUUGCAUUGUAAGUAUUGUUCACUGAAUAGCAAGUAUUGUUGCUAAAGCUAUUUGCCUCAAUUAAUUUUCAGCUGAGGAAAGUAGGAGAGCUGUUAAAAUUUACGUCAGUACCAGAAAGAUAUUGGCCAGUUUUAGGAAGGGAUGAGACAUGAGCUUACCCAAAACUCUCAGACUAGCUUCACCUCAAAGAUCUAUUCACUGAAUCAGCU